GAUCAAGUCAAAUAUCUACACGGCUCUACUCUCAACGACACGAUGUCAGAGGCGGCGAUAGAAGCUUUCAGUAGGGAGAGCCUGGGGCUGGUCAAUAAGGACGAGGUGAAGAAGGAAGUCAGGUACAUCUACAAGAUCAUCUCCGAUCGAGAUGUCUACAGGGAAAAACCCAAGCGGGACAAAGAGGAAGUGAAAACUCCGGCGCCAGCUCCUGCUUCCACUCCUUCUCCGGCGCCAGCUUCAGUCCCAACUCCGGCGCCAGCUCCAGCUCCAGCUCCAGCUCCCGUCCCGGCUCCAGCAAUAUCCAAGCAGAACACGAUGUCGCCAAGCAGGAAAGACGUCUACAUAAACAACGACCCAUUCGGCUUCUUGAAGAAGAAGCUGGAGAAGAAGCAGAAGAUUCAAGAAGCUCAGGAGCAGUUUCACAAGUCGAUCCAAGGAAUGAAAGACAAAGGCUACCUGAACGCCAUCAACAAUGCUAAGAAUGCUAAGAAUGCCCAAGGCCACCAAAGGAAUCGAGAUGGGUCUUGGUUUGGAAAGCUGAAACCCCUCAAGUACCAGGAGAACUAUUGGACUGAUGGAAGAGGGAAGUGGGAGGGUGACAAGCACACGGGAUAUGAACCUGUCGAGUAUGGACAAGGAUGGAGAGACACAGAUUGAUGGGUGCGAAAAGCACUAUUGUCAUAGCCCCUGAGGGGUUCAAUGUCCAUUAGCAAUGAAGUUCCUUUCUCAGG